CCGCUAUUAUCCUUGACCGCACCGGGAUGGCGGCAAAGAACAACAACAACAACAAAAAAAGUGAACCGGGCUUGACAGCAGCCCAAAGCUGGUAAUGAAUGAGAAUGUCGUUGAAGAUAGCUACUGAUUUCAAAGCACAGGAAUGGGUUUUACAAAAGAGAGAAAAUGAUAGAAGUCCACUUAAUUUGUUUGAAUGUUGGGGGUUUCAAUUCAACGAAAAUGAACGCCAUUGUUUCUUCACUGGGAGGUUUCUGCUUAAGCCAUUACCUAUCUACAUUGCUGAAGCAAUGGACUGCCAAUGUUGUUCUUCUGGUAUUGGUGAAUGUCUGUGUGGGAGGAUGAUGAAGGAGAAUAAAAUGCUACAAUUGCAUAUGAAACCUCCAACCUCUUUUACAUCUUCCUCUUUGGCCUGCACUUUCUUGUCCCUCUCAGGCAAUCCUGAGACCAUUGGAAAUGCUAACAAUGGUCUAAUUUUCAUGAUGAAGACCACGUUGCUUUCACCAACUACACUCAUUGCUCUCCAUGAGAAGAGCUUGGAGUGGAAGGUUUAUCUGGUAAAUCACUAAUUCGAUAUUUAUGUCCUUGCUAGAAGCAAGGUAGUUUGGACUCCAUAAAUCGUGCACAAACCAUUUCUGCUAACUUGAGGAAAUUGUAUCUGUUUGACAGGAAGAUAUUAGCCAUUGUGAUGGCAAUUUAUUGGAACUCUGGUACAAGGAGAGUUGCAUAAUCUCUUAUUUAUAGCGCUGUUUGAGACCAACUAUUCUUAAUAUUUAAUACAAAUUUGGAAGGUAUUUUCA